CAUCCGGAAGUGAGAACGAUCGAUUUUUUGCCGGCACGAGGAGAUCGGAGUACUAAUAAUCUCGUAUAUGAAUUAUACAUGCAAAUGACUUUAGCAGGUUGAUGGUAACACAAUAUAUAUUAGUUGCAGUUUAAUCCACCUUUUGCCUAUUCCACGACCUGGACUCUGGACGAUUGAUCAGGCAAAGACAACUCAUCGGAUAUCUGAACGAGGGAUUGGAGUGAUCAAAGUCUUGGUUCCCAGGCAAAAUUUUCUGGGCACUCGAAGUUGGGUCCGCCCUUUAAGAAUUAGAGCGUUGGGCUUUAUUAUAGAUACCAUUUCAUUUCUGAGCGUGGACUGUGGAUCGGGCGAGAGGAAUUGAAGGAACGAUGGCACCAAAGCAGCAGAAGAAAAAGGCCCCCAAGAAGCCAGUCAACAGAGGCUUCACCACCACCUCGAUCCCCAAGAAGGUUGUGGAACCGGACCCAAAUGAAGCCUCACCAUCCGCUGAUUUGUCUCCAGAUGGCGAUCAGAUCCCCGUCAACCAAUCUGCCUCCGCUAUCCUCUCAUCUGCUCCCAAGUCUAGUGACCCCAGUCAGACUACCUUCGCUAAAGGAGACUCGGCAAAAUCUCUGGUUCAUGACGAAUGGGAGCAAGAUCCGGACGAGAGAGAAACACAUAGCUUGGCUGAAAAAUUGAGACCGAUGUCCGAGAAGGAAAUCACCAAGCAGCUCAAGAUCAUUGAAAACGACAAAAGAUUUGCCAAAGGAUGGUCCGGGUUUCGGUGGUCGGAUUCCCGCUUACAAAUCGACAUCCUGGAAUACGCCCGAGACACACAACAGGUGAUUGAUUCUUGUGGCCAGAAGCCGACAAAUACCGGUAAUCUCCAAGAGGACGAGGAGAAGGCCUUGUAUAAGCUGGCGGUCCUACACGGCAUUUUGGAUGGACUCGGGUUCCCAAAGAGCCGGAUCAAGCAGUGCUUGGAAAAAAUCAAAUCUUUAGAGCUUGAAGAAGCCAUAGAUUGGAUGGUAUUGAAUUGUUCCAAUGAAGAGCUGAUAUUAGCAGGUUAUGAUGAUAUGUCAAACGAAGACCCCUCACAGAACACUACGGAAAAAGAUUUGCAAGUUCACAGUCCGAAUGCGAGAUUACCUCCCGCCCUCACGCUAAACCAGGAUAACUUGAAUACGUCGGAUGAGGCAAAUGACAAAUCGAAUCUUUCAUGUGACCUUAGCAACGGCUUGGUUGAAUUACAGCCAAAUGAUCUAGGUCUUGCGAGUGAACUCCCCAAUUCCCAACAGCCAAGUCCAAUCGUCCCUACCAGCAUCUCACCCAGGAUGAAGAACAUCAUUCUUGAACGACAGCAGCAACUUCAGAUUGAAGAUUCGGGCUCAGCCGAGGACCCACUGGCACCUACUCCCAUCGAUAAUUACGUUGCUUUGAAGCUUUCCAUCAUGGAGCUUUCGAAGAAGAUUUCCAAGGUAGGGACCGCUCAUCUCAAGGGGAAAGCGCUUAAGGAUGCUGCAAAAUUGAAGAAAGAAGUGAAGCUGUUGGAAGAUAGAGUCAAGCUGGUUCAGGCAAGUUACACGUUUAGUCAAAAGAUAGCGGACCAGGCUCUCAAAACUAAAAUCAAAGAAAUCAAGAGCGGAUUCGUUCCCGAAAGUGCCCUAUGUGACGAGAGUUUAGAUCUGAGUCUUGAUAAUGACCCCGCGGCAGUAAAUCGCAAAUCUGUCCCGUCAUCGCCGAUCAUACCGAUCACCGCCAUGCAGCCAGGUGAUGACGCGGCUGAAGACUCUGAUGAUCUCGAAGUUGUCGCAUCCACUCCUGGGCUGGACAUACCCCAUAACACAGGCUUUGAUAGGCUCGCAGGGCCAGCGUCUCCACCACUCAGUCCAUCAUCCAAACUUGUGGAUGGCCGUUCAUCAGCUGAAAGCCUUGAGACUGAACGCGAACAGAACGAAGAUGAAAGCGGGCUGUUUGGAACGACUUUUGACGAGCCGGCUCCCUUGGCUCAUGAGCCAGCUGCCGGAGUCUCUGCAGAAGCAAAGAAAACGCCGACUUGUACAGUGAGUCUUGUGCGAGACAUGCCUUUGCCCAAACAGUUCUCCGGAAAGACACCCCAGAGUCUCCUCGAAGAGACCCUCCGUCGCUUGGAUAAAUUCGCACAACCGCAAUACCUAGUCGUCUCGCGCGGAAGUCGGUCGAUUCGUGCAAGUGUUGAGAUCAAAUGGAGUAGCCGGAAGGUGAUCCCCACCCAAGCCGGAAAAAUCACCAACACCUCGUCGAAAAUCAACCCCCAACCGGUCCAGACAUUUACCAUGGAAGAUGAAGCCUGUCGCGACGAAACUCAGGCCUAUAAUUAUGUCGCCACCUUGGCUCUCUUUUAUUUGAACUCCCAAAACUUGUCUUCCAUUCACAGAUACCUUCCUGUCACGUUCAGAGAGCUGUGGGACGAAUUGGAAGAGAAACGCAAAAAAGUGGACGAUCAGAAUUAUCUUGAUCUCGUCAAAACCCUGUUGGCUAUCUAUAAGCAUCGCUCGAGUAGUAAUUCAUGUUCACCUAGUGACCCCACUUUGGCUUCUCAGCGGCCCAAAGAAUCAACCCUAGACUCUUUGGAUGAAAAGACCUCACUGACGACUUCGCACGGCCCUCAAGCUGGACGAACCUCUGGUGAUUUGGCUCUUAUGGAGGAGUUUGCGAUGCGGCAACAUUGGCAUUCUUACCAAGUGAUGCUGGGAUAUCGAGCCACUCUACCUAUCGCAGUCUAUCGACCUCAGAUUGUAGCGGCCGUCGAGCAAAACCAGGUGAUCUUACUAUGCGGUGAAACUGGCUGUGGUAAAUCGACACAACUACCGGCCUUUAUCUUGGAACAUGAGCUAGCAAAUGGCAGACCGGUCAAGAUCUUCUGUACCCAACCCAGAAGGAUUUCCGCAAUCUCCUUGGCCGAGCGUGUUUCGCAGGAAUUGGGCGAGCCAACCGGGGCCGUCGGUCAAGUGGGCUCCCUGGUCGGUUACAAUAUCAGACUAGAAAGUAAAACUUCGGCUACCAGUCGAUUGGUUUAUGCUACUACUGGUGUCGUCUUGCGGAUGCUCGAAAAUGGAACUGAUCUGCAAGACAUAACCCAUUUAAUCCUGGAUGAAAUUCAUGAGCGGAGUAUAGACAGUGACUUUCUCCUGGUCGCUCUAAAAACUAUCCUCGAGCGACGUCCCAACCUCAGGGUGAUUUUAAUGUCAGCAACAGUAGAUGCAGAAAAGAUCAGUAACUACAUGAACGGGUGUCCGAUCCUGAAGGUCCCCGGCCGGACGUUCCCGGUGACGAGUUUCUUUUUAGAAGAUGUGAUCGAGUUAACGAACUACCGACUGGAUGCUCGCUCCGAUAGUCCAUAUGUUGCCAGAAGAGGCAAACGGAAACCCGUCUUGCUGAAAACCGCCUCCUCGACUCAGGACGAGAUCCCUAGCCUUGACGAUGACGAAGAAGCUACCACCGAUAGCGCCAUCGCUCACACUUACGCCGCUUCAACUCGCGCUACCUUGGAAGUCUUGGACGAACAUCUUAUCAAUAUGGACCUCAUCGUCUUGCUACUCUUGCAAGUCUGCUGGCAAAAUCCGACCCUCGUGCAACGGUUUUCUAGUGCCAUUUUGAUAUUUUUACCAUCUCUCGAUAGCAUUCGAAAAUUGACCGAGAUUCUCGAGAGCCAUGCCAUCUUUGGCACUUCGGCAUUUCAAAUAUUUCCUUUACACUCUUCCAUCUCCAAUGAAAACCAGAGCUUGGUCUUUCAGACGCCACCAGCUGGCGUUCGGAAAAUCGUUAUCUCGACAAACAUCGCUGAAACGGGUAUUACGAUUCCUGAUGUCACGUGCGUCAUCGAUAGUGGGAAGCAUAAGGAAAUGCGGUAUGAUGAGAAAAGACAAAUUAGCAAACUGGUCGAGACCUUUAUCGCCAAAAGUAACGUCACGCAGCGUAAGGGUAGAGCAGGAAGAGUUCAAGAGGGAAUUUGCUUUCAUUUGUUUACCAAGCAUCGCAUGGAGACUCAUCUUGCAGACAAUCCACUACCGGAAAUGCUUCGACUGUCCCUUCAGGAUCUCGCGUUGAGGAUUAAGAUCAUGCAGAUCGGAACCUCCAUAGAAGACGUCCUUUUGCAAGCUUUAGAUCCUCCAUCGACGGUCAACGUUCAGCGUGCUAUUGCUUCUCUGGUAGAGGUCAAAGCACUGACUCCAACCGAGGAGAUUACUCCUCUGGGCCGACAUCUAGUCAAACUCCCAAUGGAUGUUCACAUGGGAAAAUUGUUAAUCUUGGGAUGCUUGUUUCGCUGCUUGAGCCCAGCACUGACCGUUGCAGCAGCUUUGAAUUCUAAAAGUCCUUUCCUUACUCCCUUUGGACGGGAACAAGAAGCCGAUGCGAUCAAGAAAUCCUUCAAAGUUGAAAAUUCGGACUUCUUGACCAUUUGUAAGGUCUACAACUCCUGGCGAUCGGCUUAUCAGAACGAUCAUGUCCACCAGUUCUGUCGCAAGAACAUGCUGUCUUUUUCGAACCUCUUACAAAUUGAAGAUCUUCGGUCACAAUUCCUUGGCUUCUUGGUUGAUGCCGGAUUUGUAGUCCCGAACUCGAGAUCUCAUGGCCCUGGUUCUUUUAGUCAGAGGAGUAGAUUUUGUAAUGUACCCGCUGAAUUAGAUCUGAAUGCCGACCAACACAAGAUCGUGAUGGGCUGCAUCGGAGCUGCCAUGUUUCCCAAGCUUUUGGUUCGAGAUGGGGCGAUGCAAAUCGGAAAUGUCAACUCAAACGCCCAAGGCGGAUGGAGAACCUUGACUAACUCAGCCCCAGCUUCGAUUCACCCUUCGAGUGUCAAUUUCAGUAGUGGUCGUCGUCCUGACUUUGGGGAUGCUAGGUUUGUAACGUAUUUCAACAUCAUGCAAUCGAAAAAACUCUAUAUUUGGGAAUCGGGAGUGGUUAAUGAAAAAGCAAUUUUUCUGCUCUGUGGCGAAGCGGAUUUCAAAAUCCCUGCCGAAUCGGUCAUCAUCGAUCGCAAGAUCAAAGCUUCGAUGAAUCCAAAGACCCUCUUGACGCUCAAGAUCUUACGACAACGUUUCCAACAACUGUUCAACUUGAAGAUGAAGAACCCGUCGCAGAAAUUCAAUCAACAGCAGCAGCGAUGGUUUGAUUUGAUGACUGCGGCCAUUCAAGACGAUAAAGAUGCUAUCAAAAUCAAUAAAAAUGAGAUAUCAAUCAAUCGGACGAAUGCUCCGACUAAUGCGAUUAGCAUCAAGCCAAAGAAUCGGAUGUCAGUCGUUUUGGCCCCAGCGGGUCGGAUCCCGUCCAUAAGCAACAGUAAUAACAUAUCUCCUUUACCGCAAGAAUCUAUUCGUCACAGCGACUCCAAAGAUAACCAAUCCGUUGUAGACCCUGGCGAGGACAUUCGGACAACAUUUUAUGAGACAACCGGCCGUCUUUCAGAGCUUUCAAUUUCUUCCCCCGCUCCUAGCAAUGCUGGUUUCACGACUUCUAAUCUUUCAACACCUACUCCAGCUGCGGCUGGGUCGGUCUACGACCACCCCCCUCACGUUCAUUAUAAUCAUCACCAGCUGGAGAACUUUGAUCAUGUAACUUAAUUUUUGUUUUCUUUAAUGUCCCCUCUCUUUUCUUUGCUUCUUCUCAUCAUCGUUCAUGCCCUCUUUUCUGUCAACAUCAGACCAAAUAAAAUGGAUGCUCUAUUUACGUACC